AUGUCAGCGGAGGAGGCCGCCAUAUUCCUACGGCCGCCACCUAAAAGGUAUAAAGCCCAUGCGAAGACUAAGCCAAAGGCACGGAUAACGUCGCUGGUUCGCCAGGCGGCGGCCGACGCAAAGAACCUCAGAGCACCAUUGCACGGUUUGCAUUGCAUCCUGGCUUUGCCCGGCGCUGGCUCGUCAGUGGCACUCAGGUUCACAGACGAGUGGCAAGGCGCACUUUCCUGCGCGUUGAUUGGGAAUCGACCAAAAGCCUCCGGUUGUAGCCGUCCUUUGGCUUCUACUGCCUUGACAACAGCGGGCGAUGAAGAAGAGUCUCCAUGUCCUACGGCAAAACUCGAACGCACGCUCUUCGAUGAGUGGAUAAACUCGAGAGCGGCACAAGUUAUUUCAAUCGAGAUUAUCAAGGUGUUGAAAGAGUAUCGGGCGGUCUUCUCCGAUAACUUACCUAAAGGGUUACCGCCGAAGCGCCCUCAUGAUCACAAUACCUUACUUGUGCCUGGAAAACUUGCAGCGAAAUCUGCGAUUUACCAUAUGACCCCAGAUCAGCUCACAUUCCACAAACAGGAGGUAGCUAAAUUUCCGGACAGUGGUUGGAUCGGACCAGCAUAUUCGCCUAUCUGCUCUCCUACGAUCACGGUCGACAAGCGUGAUGAUGGCUCCGGAGAGCGGAAGAUGCGUAUGGUUGUUAACUACCAGGCUCUGAAUGCCCUUACAGUCGCUCCUGACUUUCCAUUACCUCCCAUUCAAACCAUUCUGGAGAUGCUGGGAGGCGCCAAGUAUUUUUCCACUUUGGACCUUGAGGCAGGAUUCCAUCAAAUACGUAUGGCUAAGGAAAACCGUUGGAAAAGGGCUUUCCGUUCCGUUCUAGGGCUAUUUGAAUAUCGCGCCAUGAUGUUUGGCCUUAAGGGUUCUCCAGCUACGUUCCAGGCCAACAUUAAUGCCUAUCUAUAG